AUGGAUGCCAGCCUGUCGAGUCUGAAUUCCGUCGACAACGAAACCUCUACCACCUCUGGCGGCAACAUCGAUUCCCAGGCAUCCAGGUGGACAUCGACAUCCACUUCCUUGACAGCAUCGCCCGCCGAGUCGAGAGAGCCCUCGCCGGUACGUCCUUCAGCCAUGAAGUCGGGACGAACCAGCCGUGCGUCCUCGGCCACGGUAAGGUCGCGUAAGAACAGCCUUCAAGACCCGAGCCCCUCGAGGCCUCAACCCAAGAAUCCGACGCCCGCCGCGACGUCGCGGCACCAACUGUCCGCCGCCACGACACCCGCACUCCCUCCUGCCCCGUCCGCCCCGGAUCCUGCCUCUCGAGCCGCCACCCCGCAGAAGCCCUCAGUCGCACCCGAUGCACCCCGAUGGCCUGUGUCCCCGCGACUAAAAUCACCACCUCCUCACCUGGGUCGACCGGCAGCGGGAGUCUCUUCCGCACGGAGGAACGAGCACGAGACAUCCGCCGCGAGUGCCCGAGCUACGCCUCCUCCCUACCUAGAAUCGGCCUCGCAGUCCGAAAACGAGGUCGAAGAAGUGUACCUAUCGUCUGGUAUGCGAACCCCAGUCCGCGGGCCGGGCAAUGGGGCAUCGACUUUGGAGACCGUCCAAGAAGUCAGCCAGCCGAAUACGCCGAAGCCAGGACUCGACGCUGCCCUCGAGAAGCUCGCCGCCGCCCAGGAACCCACACCAGGCAAGAGCUCCGGAGCUUCGGGCAAGAAGUUUCCCAAUAACCAGAACACGACGAACAGCGAAAGCGGCAGCGAUAGCGGAGGCGUUCGUAUGAACGUGAGGCGGAGCAGCACGUCGGCCCCAGCGCCCCCGCUCCAGGGCAGGCGAUCGAGCUCGACGCUGAGGUUCACCGGCAGAGGACCGACCUCGGCCGAGAGUUCGUCGAAAAACAUGACGGUCGAGACGGAGGAGGUCAAGUACGUGCCCCCGCCGUCGCUAGCCCCCAAUACGGGCGGCGCGGGCGCGAGCGGGAACCUGAGAAGCAAGCCCAGUUCGGAGACGAUCAAAGCGAAGAAAGAGAAGAAGAGGGUGACGAGAAAAGCACCCGCCGUCCCUUCUGGCAAUGCUCGGGGUCAACCCAUAUCGCGAUCACAGCCAACGGUUAAGAAAACUACGAGUAUCACUGCACACGUGGGUAAUCUGCUAACCACGGGAAUCCGUCCAGCUUCCUCGAAAGCCGAUAUCUUCGAGGCCAAGAUUGCCAGCGCGGUGGAGGAGGCGGCUAAUUCUUCAGAUUCGGACGAGACCUUCGUGUACGAUUCUAACCCGCCCGACGCCGGCGAUCGCCCUCGCCGCUACCACUCGCGCACCCCCAGCGCGACCUCGAUGAUGAGCCAGGUCGACCGCAACGGAAUGCGCUCGAUCCAUAGUGUGCUGGAGGGCAGCGCGCCCACUGUGCCGGUCAAGAAGAGCAUGAAAUUCGUAAAUACUUACAACACUUGCAGCGGAAACGAAGGCCCAUUCGGGGACGACGACGGUCGAGGUAGCGGCCAAAGCAACGCCGGCUCCGCACGAGGGACGAGUCGCCACCACCACUACCCCGGCCGCUGGGGCCGGAACAAUAGCAGCAAUCACCUCUCGUUGUUCAGCAGCGAGUCCCCAUUUCCCAACGCGGCCAGGUCGAAAUUUUCGGGCAAUAGCGCUAGGCCGCCAUCCAACCCUCCGAGCCCUAGGUUCGCCGGCCGGAACUGGUCGACUCAGAAUAAACGGCAGAUGGCGCUGUCGGGUUACGACAUGGACGACACUACUACCGGCGCCGACGACGAGAGGGCCCCUCUGAUGCCUGGCGGUACGGUCAGGUCUACCCGAUCUGCCCGUGCUCGGCGCGGCGGACACUCCAGAAACCUCGAAGCGCAGACGUACCGGCAAGCUCCCUCGCUGCUGAACCGGUUUGCGAGCUGCCUGGUCCUCACGGUGAUGCUGUUAGUCGUCAUUUCGGGAGCGAUCGCCUUCAUGUUUGCGACGUCGCAGCCUCUCACCGACAUCGAGUUGGUCAAGAUCGGCAACGUCCUGGCUAGUGAACAGGAGUUGAUGAUGGACAUCACCGUGAGGGCACACAACCCCAACGUAGUCGUCGUGAUGAUCGACUCGGCCGAUCUCGAGAUCUUUGCCAAGUCACCCCAUGCCGGCACGGAUUCGGAGUGGUGGCGACGUCCCAAGGACGCGUUCGGCACCUUAGACGGCUCUAGAGACGAUCCGCCGAUUGUCAAGCUGCCUGGCGGUGGUGACGCGCCUCCCAAUCCUCCUUCUGACGAUAGUUCGCCGAACAUGCGUCUGGGUAACAUCCUCGCAUUCGACAGUCCCUUGACUUACGAAGGCUCAUUCUUCCAAUCCGGCAUUUCCGCCUCCACAGGCUCCCUACGGCUGAGCCGACCCGGGAACACGACAGAGAGCGGCUCUGAGCGAUGGGAACGCAUCAUCGCCGACGAAUUUACCCUGAUUGUCAAAGGUGUCCUCAAGUACUCCCUGCCGCUUAGUCAGCGGAUUAGGAACGUGGCCAUCUCCGGCAAGACUACCGUGAAGCCGAACUCUGCCAACAACCCGUCUCUGCGGCCUAACCAGACGGUGGCCGGGGUACCGUGA